CCGGAUUAGUCGACCGCCAAACGGGACCCGAAACCAAGACCAUGGCGCUCCCCAUCAACGCCUGCAUCAGGCUCUCCUCAUCUCCUCCUCCUCCUCCUCUCCCAAACGCUUCGCCUCCUCCUUUGUCCCAAUGGUCGGGAUGGCGGCGAAACACCCUUGCGGCAGCGGCGGCGGCGAUGGUGACAAUUGGGACUGUUUCUGCAAUGGAAGGGCCCAUAGUGCUGGCUGCGGAAACCGGCCGUGCAGUGGCAGCGCCGGCGGCGGAGCGGUGGAGCGAGAAGAGGAAAUGCCCGUCUUGGCACGCCAACUCGCUGGAGAACAUAAUGCCAGAGAAUCUUCCCCGUCCGCCGCCACACCGGAGAUCCGAUGGUCUCGCGGCUUAUCGUGAUGCUCCGGCUUUGGGCGGAGGCGCGCAACUCCAUGGAUACAGCAGCGGCUGCUACUCUUUGUAAUGAAUGAAUGAAGAUCAAACAUUCUUAUACAUAAAUAUAGAUUUUUUUUUUCGAAUUUCAUUUAUCACAUUAAGAUAUUAAUGUAUGAAAUAGUUCUUUGUGUUUACAUAAAAUGGAAUAUUUGAUUUGAAA